AUGAGCUCAGGCGGACGUGGCGGCAAGCGGCGGGGUCCCCCACCCCCCGCUCCCUCCGGGGCGGCGGCGAAGAGGGCCAACCCCAGCCCCGGCACGCUGCAGCCGCCUCCUCCCGCGGCGGGCGCGGCCGCCGCGGAGGAGGAGGACAUGAUGGACGAGGACGUGUUCCUGGAUGAGUCCAUCCUGGCGGAGGACGAGGCGGCGCUGCUGAUGCUCCAGCGCGACGAGGCCUUCGCGUCCCUCCUCGCGCGGUGGAAGCGCCCCGCACUCCCCGCCGACCUCGCCGCCGGGUGCUCCCGCGCCGUCGCUUUUCAGCAGUUGGAAAUAGAUUAUGUUAUUGGUGAGAGCCACAAAGAAUUGCUCCCCAACUCAUCUGGUUCGGCAGCCAUACUAAGGAUUUUUGGUGUUACAAGAGAAGGUCACAGCAUAUGCUGUCAGGUGCAUGGAUUUGAGCCAUAUUUCUAUAUUGGCUGUCCUUCAGGGAUGGGUCCUGAUGAUAUAUCGCGCUUUCACCAAACACUAGAGGGGAGGAUGAAGGAGUCAAAUAGAAGCAGCAAUGUUCCAAGAUUCGUGAAGAGAGUUGAGCUUGUGCAGAAGCAGACAAUUAUGCAUUACCAAACACAGCAAUCUCAGCCUUUCCUCAAGAUAGUAGUAGCUUUGCCUACCAUGGUUGCUAGCUGUCGUGGUAUUCUGGAAAGGGGCAUAACAAUUGAAGGCCUUGGUUCAAAGAGUUUCCUUACAUAUGAAAGCAACAUUCUUUUUGCCCUUCGAUUCAUGAUUGAUUGCAAUAUUGUUGGUGGCAACUGGAUUGAACUUCCUGCUGGGAAAUACAGGAAAGCAGCCCGUGUCAUGUCCUAUUGUCAGCUAGAGCUAGAUUGCCUAUACUCAGAUCUGGUAAGCCAUGCUGCUGAAGGAGAAUAUUCUAAGAUGGCCCCGUUUCGCAUAUUAAGUUUUGAUAUUGAAUGUGCUGGUCGCAAAGGUCAUUUCCCAGAACCAACUCAUGAUCCUGUUAUUCAGAUAGCUAACUUGGUUACACAUCAAGGAGAAGGCCAACCUUUUGUACGGAAUGUCAUGACUCUUAAAUCAUGCUCUCCCAUUGUGGGAGUCGAUGUUAUGUCAUUUGAUACAGAGAGAGACAUUCUACUUGCAUGGAGGGAUUUCAUACGUGAAGUGGAUCCGGAUAUCAUAAUUGGAUACAAUAUUUGCAAAUUUGACAUGCCCUAUCUUAUUGAGAGGGCUGAGGUUCUCAAGAUAGCGGAGUUUCCAAUACUUGGCCGAAUCAGAAAUAGUCGCGUUCGUGUCCGUGAUACGACCUUUUCUUCGAGGCAAUAUGGUGUGCGUGAAAGUAAGGAUGUUACUAUUGAAGGAAGAGUGCAAUUUGAUCUCCUGCAGGCUAUGCAACGGGAUUACAAGCUGAGUUCUUAUUCAUUGAACUCUGUAUCGGCACACUUUCUUGGGGAGCAAAAAGAAGAUGUUCAUCAUUCAAUUAUAUCUGAUCUUCAAAAUGGAAACUCAGAGACACGAAGGCGGCUUGCAGUUUAUUGCUUAAAGGAUGCUUAUCUUCCUCAAAGACUGUUAGAUAAAUUGAUGUAUAUCUACAACUAUGUGGAAAUGGCAAGGGUCACUGGUGUUCCCAUUUCGUUUCUACUUUCGAGGGGACAAAGUAUUAAGGUCCUCUCUCAACUACUCAGGAAAGCAAAACAGAAAAACCUUGUUAUACCAAAUAUCAAGGGUCAAGGGUCAGGGCAAGAUACCUUUGAGGGUGCAACUGUUUUGGAGGCAAGGGCUGGAUUUUAUGAGAAGCCCAUCGCAACUUUGGACUUUGCUUCUCUGUAUCCAUCCAUCAUGAUGGCAUAUAACCUUUGCUACUGUACCUUGGUGCCCCCUGAGGACGCCCGUAAACUCAACUUACCUCCGGAAAGCCUCAAUAAAACCCCAUCUGGUGAAAUAUUUGUGAAACCAGAACUACAGAAGGGUAUACUUCCUGAGAUCCUUGAAGAAUUAUUAGCAGCUCGGAAAAGGGCAAAAGCAGAUUUAAAGGAAGCAAAGGACCCACUUGAAAGGGCUGUUCUUGAUGGUCGUCAGCUUGCACUGAAAAUAAGUGCAAACUCAGUUUAUGGUUUCACUGGAGCAACUGUUGGUCAGUUACCUUGCUUAGAGAUUUCUUCAAGUGUGACCAGCUAUGGACGACAAAUGAUUGAACAUACAAAAAAGCUUGUUGAAGAUAAAUUCACAACAGUAGGAGGUUAUGAGCAUAAUGCUGAGGUAAUUUACGGGGACACUGAUUCUGUGAUGGUACAGUUUGGUGUUUCUAAGGUUGAAGAUGCAAUGAAGUUAGGAAGAGAAGCUGCAGAUUAUAUUAGUGGAACCUUUACCAAGCCCAUCAAGCUGGAGUUUGAGAAGGUCUAUUUUCCUUACCUUCUGAUCAGCAAGAAGAGAUAUGCUGGUUUGUACUGGACGAACCCUGAGAAAUUUGACAAAAUGGAUGCAAAAGGUAUUGAAACUGUGAGAAGGGACAACUGUUUAUUGGUAAAGAACCUGGUAACUGAGUGCCUUCAUAAAAUACUGGUGGACCGUGAUGUUCCUGGUGCAGUCCAAUAUGUCAAAAACACCAUAUCUGAUCUAUUAAUGAAUCGUGUCGACUUGUCUCUUCUUGUCAUAACAAAGGGUUUGACAAAAACGGGAGAAGAUUAUGCGGUAAAAGCUGCUCAUGUGGAGCUUGCUGAGAGGAUGCGAAAGAGAGAUCCAGCUACUGCACCUACUGUUGGUGAUCGUGUUCCUUAUGUUAUAAUUAAAGCAGCAAAAGGGGCAAAGGCAUAUGAGAAAUCAGAAGAUCCAAUUUAUGUUUUGGACAAUAAUAUACCCAUUGAUCCUCAAUACUACCUUGAGAACCAAAUUAGCAAGCCACUUUUGAGGAUCUUUGAGCCAAUUCUGAAGAAUGCCAGCAAAGAAUUGCUUCAUGGAAGCCACACCAGAUCUGUUUCAAUCUCAACUCCUUCAAAUAGCGGGAUAAUGAAAUUUGCAAAGAAACAAUUAACUUGCCUUGGGUGCAAAGCUGUUAUCAGUGGUGCCAGUCAGACACUUUGCUCACAUUGCAAGGGAAGAGAAGCAGAGUUAUACUGCAAAACAGUAGCAAAUGUUUCUGACCUGGAGAUGCUCUUUGGGAGGCUAUGGACACAAUGCCAGGAGUGCCAAGGAUCUCUGCACCAGGACGUUCUCUGUACAAGUCGGGAUUGUCCGAUUUUCUAUCGGCGAAGGAAGGCUCAGAAGGAUAUGGCCGAAGCUAGGCUGCAGCUUGACCGGUGGGACUUCUGA